AACAAGGGACACCACCCUUAAUUACUGUAGACAGUGGCUUCUAAGAUCUAUGACUGUUCAGCAAAUUAGCGACUAAGAAAAUGGCGUUUACUUUUGCUGCGUUCUGUUACAUUUUGGCACUUAUUCUUACGGCUGUGUUAAUCUUUUUCGUAAUAUUCCAUAUCAUUGCCUUUGAUGAAUUAAAGACAGAUUACAAGAAUCCCAUUGACCAAUGUAACAGUUUGAAUCCUCUUGUGAUACCAGAGUACGCCAUCCAUAUGCUCUUCACACUUCUCUUUCUGAUAGCGGCACAGUUUGGUACAGUGCUCUUCAACUUACCGCUGAUUGUUUACCACAUACGAAGGUACAUGAAUCGCCCUGUGAUGAGUGGCCUUGGCCUGUACGACCCUACAUCCAUUAUGAACGCUGAUGAAUUGGGAAGGGCGCAGAAAGAAGGCUGGGUGAAACUUGGAUUUUAUUUAAUUUCAUUCUUUUACUAUUUAUAUAGCAUGAUCUACGUUCUUGUUUCCUCAUGAAACACUUGACCGCCAAUCGUGGAUGUGCAUGAAGAGUGUGAUGAUGGAUAGAUGUUUUGUAGCGUCAAUAUUCGUUUGGAUAACUCUUUCAUUGUGUUGUCAGGAGCUGUCAACUGGAACAUGUAUAUGCGCCAGAUAUUAAUCUGUACAGAAAUAUCCAGUUUUUAAUUCUUAAAGUUUAAAAGUCCUAGAUUGAAAGUUUUUAUACACAUUUCUCUGUUGUGCCAUGGUGUCCGCUUGUCUUCUUUCUGUUACUAAGCUUCUUGCAUUACACAAUGAUUCAUGUAGCAUUAGCCUCUGUAAAUGUUUGGUCCACAAUUGUAAAUGUUUGGUAUAAAAAUCACAUUUUUGUUGUUGAGAUUUGAAGUGUGUCAAACUGAACCUUUAAACCAAUGUCUAGUAUUAACUUGCACUUGUUUAAUCAUUUUGAUGUGCUGUAAUUGGGAAGAAACACUGUGUGACAUUUAUUUGUGAUUUCAUUUAUCCAAUACAUAGUCAUCUUUGUGAUUUCAUUAACCCAAUACCCAGCCAAAUCGUUUGAUUUCAUAUUUUGCUUCACACAUUUUCUUCAUAUGUUAAGGACACUUCAUAUUUGUUUUUUAGUUCUUUUUAUAUACUGAUCAGUGACAGAAUUUUUUUUUUUUUUCCUGAGGAAUUUUUUUACCUCAGUCUUAUGUUUAACUGAAAUGCAUACAAGAAACGGUGAGACAUUUGGAAUAAUACAGCCAGUUCUUAAAGCAUAGGUUUAAGAUCUGUUUCCAAACUUCUUUGGUUUAUUAAUCUGUGUGUACGCCCUAAUUAAUCAAUUAAAUAAUUAGCAACCUUUUUUUACAUAGUUUUAUGUAUCAUUUAUUUCUAUCUUAAGAGUCACACAACAUAACCAACACCCUGUACUGCAGUGCUGAACAACUGAAGAAAACAGCACACUUUUUUCCUUGGCACAGUCUGCAAAAGAGCUCACAGCUCAGCAGCAAUAAAGCUGGCUAGAAGAAGAAGAAGAGUCACACACAUUUACCGAAAGGAUUUUUUAAAUGUUUGCUUCUGUUCUAUGACCUUCCUUUUUUUUUCCAUGUCUCUCUGUCAGUUGUUCACUUUUGUUUUCCAUUUGCAUUGACUUGUAGAUUCAUUCCUGCUGAAACCAAUAUUAAUGUUUCAAAUUGCUUCAUUCAUACUAUCAAGUUUUUGGCACAUCACAAGUUUGUACUGCUUUUUGUAGGUUACAUGAUUUGGUACAAAUAUAAGUCGGUGUUAAUAGCAAAAAAAAAAUUAUUAUUGGUCAACUUUUAACCAUGACAUGUUUACCUUGUAAUGCUGUCAUAUGAAAUUAAGUUUUUAAAAGCUGUUGGCCUCCUUCAGUUGUAGAUCAAUUCUGCAUCCAUCUUGUACAGCAUUUUUUCAUGUGCUCAAUUUUUUGAGAGACAUUCUCGUCCACAUAUAAUGCAGGUUAAGGUGGCAUUCGCUUUUGUAGUAAAGUAACCAGCCAUUGCUCAAAUGGCAUGCUUUUCUUCCAGAGCUGAGGUCAAAGUUUUUUGCUCUCCAGUCCGAAGCUUUCUUGGUCACUUUGUCUCUCCGCCUCUUCUGUUCAAUUACAUCCACAUAUCGAUGGUGGGGGAUGACCAUUCUUUCUUCAGCCCUUCGGGAGUUGUCCAUAAUAAAGGAUUCGUUUGUCUUCUAUCCAGCUGAUAUGACCUAGCCAGCGCAGGUGGCAUUAUCUGAGGAUUGUAAAUAUGCUGGGAUGAUCCGUUCGACCGAGUAUCCUAGUGUUACACAUUCUUUCAAGGAUGUCAGAGUGAUUGUUGAGAUAAUAAAAAUACUGAAAUAAAAAGAGAGUUUAUUUCUAUGAAAAAUAUAUGUACCGGUAUCGAAAAAUUACUUCAAUAGGUAAAUCUAAUUAUUUUUUUGUUAAGAACUGGCUGUAUAAAAAUACAUUGUAUCCAUUGUAUCUUUGAGACAGAAAGACCCUUGUAUAUAUACAUAGAUGUAUGUAUAAUGCAAUUAACUAUUGUGUGUCAGUGGCUCAGAAAAUUUCUUUUUUUUUUUACUGUAUCAGAGAUGCUGAGUUUCUUAUAAGCUACUUCAGUAGAACAAGUAGUGUACUUAACAGUGUUCAUCACAUCGCCAUCAUCCGUCCUUGUUCACUUUAUGUCUAGAAGUCAGAGUAACUGUUAUGAAUAAAAAUAUGUCUCUCAUAUCAUUGAAUAGUCUUGCUAGGUGGCACUGUGUGAGGUUAAAUUUUAAAAAGGACUAAAAGCCAUCUAUUGAAAUCAAGCCAUGAAGUGUUUGCAAGUAUUUGGUCUGGAAGAGGAGGAAAUAAUUUUAAGCAGCAUUUUUUUUUUAUUAUUCUAAAUUAUUAGCUCCAGCAGAGAUGGCGAUUAUGUAUAGAACAAUCUUUGGUUCCAGCUGAAAAAGGUUUUCUCUGUGAAACUAAGCAAUCUUUGGUUCCAGCUGAAAAAAGGUAUACUGUGUGGAACUUAGCAAUCUUUAUUCAACUUGUGUGUCAGUGUUUGUUAUAUUAUUUGAACAAAUCCUAUUGUAUAGUUUUGUGAUUUUUUUAUCUUUUACUGAUGAUGUCAUUGCCAUUGUUUUCUAUUCAAUAAACAGAUUGUAGAAUUUAAUUUAAUUUACUACUGUUUAUCCACUACAUAAAUUCUUUAUUAAUGAACUCAACCAUUUUUAGUUGAAUAUUGGUAUAAUUUGUUAUUUAGUGUUUCAGUGUUUCUCCCAAGUUUCUCACCUAUAAUAAAUAAUAACAACAAUAAAAUGUUUUACUUAUUUCGGAUGUUCCUUCAGAGUUGAAGAUAAUUACUUCCUAGUCCAAACCUCCCGCUGGACUACGGGGGAUGGGAGCGGGCAGGGUUUGAACCUGGGACCAUCGAUAAGUCCGAACGACAGUCCAGCGUGCAAACCGCACGACCAGGCAGCCAUCGAAAGCCAUUGAAAGUUUGCACAAGAAUAAAUUUUAAAAAAUAAAUUGAUGAAUAAAAACAACGAUUAUCUUAUAUAUAGAUAUAUAUAAGAGCGAGGAGUGAACAUAGCCAUGCUGUGGAUGAAGAACUACGAAGAGAAAAAAAUGUUAAUGUCUCCUUAUAAUUUCAAAUAAUCCUUUGCACUAGAACUAAGAAAUUUCUAGAGUGUAAAUAUUUGACUAAGUUUUGGUAUUCAGUUGUAAUGAACAGUGACAUUUUUU